AUGUCAGACGCAGACUUCCUCUCCUCCCCCUCUCCUCCUCCCCUCCUCGACUGUGACUACAGCGACUGGUCUCCCUCCUUCUCCAUCAUCCCGUCCGUCUACCUGCUGGCCUUCCUGGUUGGUUGCCUCGGCAACGGCCUGGUGCUGUGGGUCUACCUGGACCGAGGCGAUGUGAGGGGAACUGGAAAGCCCGGUGGUUGCGCUGGCAUUUUCAGAACCAGUCAGCAGAGCGUAAACAGCACUGGCAGAUUUCCUCAGAAGAAGACCGAAACCUGUGGAUCUUCCUCAGGACAAAGAGCCUCCUCUCACUCCUCCUCCUCUUCCUCCUCCUCUUAUCCCUCCAUCCCUAGUCCGUCCCGCUCCCUGACAGACUCUCUGAUAGCCAGCUUGGCGUUGGCUGACCUCUGCUUCCUCGUGACUCUCCCUUUGUGGGCGGUGUACACAGCCAUGGGCUACCACUGGCCUUUUGGGCAACCCCUCUGCCAGAUCAGCAGCUUCCUCACGGCCCUCAACAUGUACGCCAGCGUGUUCAGCCUGAGCGUGCUCAGCGUGGAGCGGUACUGGGUUCUGACUGGACGCCGGCACUCCAGCCACCGUGUCCCACAGGGCUGCCCCAGCAGGGCAUUGUGGGUGCUUGGAGGGGUGUGGGUGCUGGCGGGGGUGCUUGCACUUCCUGGUUUGCUGCUGCGCUCCGUCAGGGAGGUGGACCUUGAAUCUGAUUAUGAUUGGCAGCUGGAGGACAUUCAUCCCACUACUACUGAUUCUGGAUCAGUCUUCCUCGUCUGCCAGAUGGACUACUCCAUGCUGAUUGGAGCAGAGCUGGAGGAGGCGGAUCGAGAGAGGGCGGAGAUGUGGUGGGCAGCCGCUUUGAGUCUUAAAUCAACUCUAAUUGGCUUCCUGCUUCCUCUUGUCGUCUUGCUGGUCUGCUAUUGCUCACUGGCCCAGCUCCUCAGCAGACAUUUUGGACGGGGCCCUCGUCCCGACCGCAGGCGCCAGCGAAGACUCCUCAGGGUCAUCGUCACUCUGGUGUUGGCGUUCUUCCUGUGCUGGCUGCCUCUGCAUGUCAAUAAGACUGUCUCGAUGCUGCUGGAGUUUGGUUUUGUGCCGUACUCCUGCUCUUUGGAUCAGAUGUUACUGGCUGCUCAGCCGUACGUCACCUGUUUAGCUUACCUCAACUCCUGCCUCAACCCUCUCCUGUACGCUGCAUGCGACCCGUCAUUCAGGAAGAGAUGCAGAGGAGCUCUUCUCACGCUGUGCAGGACGAGAGGAGGAGGAGGAGGAGGAGGAGAGGGAGAGGGAAGGGAGGGAAAGAAAGAUGAAGGAGGGGUAGAGAAAGAGGAAGCAAGAACACUAGAAACAGCAGAUAGGACAGAGGAGGGAGAAGAGGAGAGGGCGGGAUGAUUGUUGAGAUAACUGCUUGAAAUGAAAGGAUCAUAUCUAAACUCACAUGGAGGAAACAAGGACUUCAAGUGUUGUUAAAGACAAUUGACAAUAGACUGGAGUUCCAGAGUGGCCUACACUCUCGGUGUCAGAGGUCAAUAUUCUCAUAAUAAACAUCCUUAUCAAAUUCAUGAGUUCAGAGACAAAAUUCCCUUCUUCAAAUCCACACAUUUCCCACAGGAAAAAUGUAAUCAUGUCCUCAAAGACCAAAAUGUUCUCAUGUCAUCUGAUCUGUUUCUAUAUUUUUGUACUAGUAAUAUUCUCUGAGUUGUUUAUUGACUUGUCAUGCACUGUUUUUUUUUUUUUAUUAAAAUAAAGAUCAUGUCAACUGACAUUUGUCUUGUAAUUGUGUAAAAAUAUACUACAUCAAUAAAUAUGUAAGAUACUGGUAUCAUAUGAAACUAGAAAACGU